CUUUGCCCUGAAGAGGCCCACGGAAAGGGCGGUGGGCGGCCUGACCCGCGAUUAGACCACCCGUAGACCAUCUCCUCCGUCUGUCUCUUCACCCCACCCACCAACAUCGACUUGAAGAAUAUUUCCAGCAAGCGAACGACGGUUGGCAAUGGCUACCGUUCGUCGUUGCAAGUGGGAGAGGCUCGAGGAAGGGAAGGUUCCUCAUUGGGGUUCUUCAUCACCGCCGGCUCUGCCGACUCCUUUCCCUGAUACCUGCGCUUCGGCUAUGCUCAUCGGCCAGCGCACGCGGCGGCGCAGUGACUUGCGUCGCUCUUCAGCCUCGAGCAUAGCGUCCUCCCUUGCCAUGGAGAUCGAUUUAGACUCGUCGUUUGAUCACGACGAAUAUCACUCGUCCGCAGAGGGGACGCAAGUUGCGGCGCAGCGGGGAGAGCAGCUGCAGCCCUUGCCUACUUCUGCGACGGCCUCUGCUUUAUUAGCAGUGGCGGCGACCGACCCGGCAGAGCCAGGCGAGGGUCCAAACGUAACUUUUUUGCCAAAGGGCUUUGGCGAGUGUACAGAGUCUCCAGCUCGCGUUGAGUCGACCACCGACGCACAUGUAAGCGCCCCAGAACUAUAUACAGACGCAUCCACUGGCAGCGAGCGACAAUGUCCAUCGUCACCUUCGAGCUUCACGACUGCGAGCGAGGACGAUGAGGAGUCGCAAUUUCACGAUUCGGUGACCACGCUCUCCUCUCGAGACGCAUCGCCCGCCGUGCCAAUUCGAGAUAAGCAAAGGCGUACCACAACAUCGUCGCCCAGCAAGGCAUCUUUUCGAAACUUGCUUUUGAUCAUGUCCAGUCGUACUUCCUCGGCACCAUCGGUCAAUGCACAUGCACUCCAAAGGGAGCUCCUCCAGCUGGAACCAGACGCCUUUCGAAGUGUCGGUGCAGCCGCCUUCGCACACUACCUCUCCUUGGCGCAGCAAGUCGGCAUCCCCAUCCAAUUUCGGUGCGCCAAGGGGUUACCCAAAGAAGUCUGGUUUCGAUGCUCGUUGAGGAACCUGCAAGAAUGGUUUCCAUCCCAAGAGGAUGCCAUGGCGAAAGACAGGAGUACAAUAUCGAGAAAGGGGACCUCUCUUCCCGCCUAUGCAUCCGGCCCAGCGCUCAGCAAACAGAGAAUAUCGCCGCUACUGUCGGCCCGUUUGAUCGAGCCCGCCCGCGCAGUGAAUGCCCUCAUGGACGUCGUCGUCCAGACGUUGCACUCGAGGAACCUGACCGAAAUCCGCGCUUGGAAGCUUAUUGGGCGACUGCCGGACGUCAAUAGUCUCCAUGAGCUCAAAAUGACCAUUCAGCUGGCUCGAAUGGCUGGCGCUUCGGUCUGGUGCGGCGAGGAGGAGAUGUUAUCUUUUAAAGUGUGAGUGUCAAGUUACACAUUGCGCUCCUUCCUGACAUAAACGCCAUCUCACCUCAAUGUAGCUUCACCAACACUGAGCGAGACGACAUGCUGCUCGACAUCAUCGGCGCAAUUUUCGGCAGCAAACGGACGCGGCACCUGACGGCGCAGGAGCUCGACUUCUGCCUCAAGACCCGCUUCCUCGAUGUGUUUCUUGCCGCCAAGACGACAGACCUCCUCACCGUCCUCAAACAGGCUAAAGCGGCGGGUGUGCCGUUGCAGAUCUCGCUCAACGGUCGUAUCACAUACCAAGGCACGCUCACUCAAGCUUCUCAUACCGCUCUUCUUGGCAAGUAAAAAAGAUGACAAACAUGUAUUGGUACAAGUGGGCAAAGACGGCGACGAGAUGCGAAAAGUACUCUACAAAUUUCCCCCUCCCUUCUCCCCCAGCGAUAGAUGCGAACAACCCGAAAUAAAACCCAUAAAAACCCCUC